CUGGGGCGCCGGGCUCGCUGCGCGCUCGCCGCACCCACCAUGGCCUCCCGCAGCGCGGGCACCUUACUGACCGAGUUCAAUGCCGCCUACGUGCCCCCCGGCCUCAUGCCCGGGUACCAAGGUCAUGUCCCCAGUGUGGCCUUCUUCGGCUCCCCCUAUGGCACCACCACCCUCAAGUACUUCCAGGACCAACGCAACGCUGCCCUGGAGAAGAGCCACACUCCCUUCAGCAAAGGCGGCCACUUCCCGACCCUCUUUUCCUCCAACCCCGACCUGGUGCUGAGUAAACGCUCCCACACCCGGGACUGCUGGCUGCACACCCCCGUCUACACCCGCUUCAACCUGGAUAGUGACCGCUCCGCCCAGCUCGCGGGGUUCUACCAGAUAGCACAGUGGCAUCGGAAGUACUAUCUAGACAAGACGGGCAUGGUGCCCCGGGUCCCCUACUUCGUGCUGCCUGUGAAGGAGUGGGAACGGUACCCCCUCCCCACCGAUCUUCCUCCUCUGACCCCAGAGAAGAAGUGGCACCUUUUAAGAGUAUCCCCUGAGAACCUGAAGACCUACCAGAUGUUCCCCUCGGGGAAGAGGGUCUCCCCACACGAGCGGCAGAAGAGAGAUCGCUACUUUGAGUUCAGAGCGUGAUGUCUGAGAGCUUGGCUCUGACCAGCUUGGCUUUUUGGAAUAAAAUCUUUAGC